AUGUGCGGCAUCCAUGCCGCCAUAUCAGCGGAUGCAGGUCGCCACCAGUUGUCUCCAGCGCUCGAGCGAAGGCUUCGGAACCGCGGCCCUGACCAUCUUGGAGCCGUAGAGGUGCAGCUCUGUCCAGGCGAGAGCCCUCUUCACUUGACCCUGACCUCGACGGUUCUGUCUCUGCGCGGAGACCAUGUUGCAAAGCAGCCCUUAGAGGAUGCGGAAUCCGGAUCCGUGCUUUGCUGGAACGGCGAGGCCUGGAAGCUCGGCGGGAAGCCCGUCGAGGGCAACGAUGGCGAGGCUGUCUUGGCCCUGCUGACGGCCGCGAGCCGUAACCUUGGUAGCGAGGAUAGUGUCCUCGGCGCCCUGCGAUCCAUCGAGGGACCUUUUGCCUUCAUCUUCCUGGACAAGAGAGCAAGGAAGCUGUACUAUGGGCGAGAUCGCCUCGGGCGUCGGUCACUGCUGCUGAAAAGGGGAGAUGAGUUCCUGCUCUCCAGCAUAGCAGAAGCCCCUGCUGUGGGAUGGGCCGAGGUUGAAGCAGAUGGCUGUUAUACUAUUCAGCUGGAUGGACAAAGCUCACCAAAGGAGCUGAUGCCCAUUCGCCAUGACUGGGACCAGAACAAAGACUUGGUAUCAAGUAUUGGCACUUUCAACGCCGCCAUCCCUACUGCUACGACAGCUCCGUUGAACAGCCAGUCCAUCUCAGUAGCACAGCUACGGGACCAUUUGAUGCAAUCGCUCCAGUUUAGAGUUCUAAACGUUCCGAGACCGCCAAUGGCGGAAACGUCAGAUGCGCGAGUUGCAGUAUUGUUUUCGGGAGGGCUAGAUUGCACGGUUCUGGCCCGAAUUGCCAGUGACAUCAUGCCACCGGGACAAGCCAUUGAUCUUAUCAACGUGGCAUUUGAGAAUCCCAGGAUUGCUUCGCAAAACAAAAACCUGUCCACCGCUGAGCUAUAUGAGCUGUGUCCUGACAGGGUGACUGGGAGAAAGUCAUUUGCAGAGCUGCUAACUGUCUGUCCAGAAAGACAGUGGCGAUUUGUUACUGUAAAUGUUCCAUAUGAGGAGACGUGCGCUCAUCGAGCAGAGCUGAUAGACCUCAUAUACCCCCAUAAUACUGAAAUGGACCUCUCGAUUGCUUGUGCCUUGUACUUUGCCGCAAGAGGACAGGGGAUGGGACAGCUGAGCUCGGAGUUAGAAGCGGCUGAAUCGUAUAGCACAACAGCCCGCGUGCUGCUAUCGGGGCUUGGUGCGGACGAGCUUUUUGGCGGAUAUGUCCGGCACGCCACCGCUUUUACACGAAGCGGAUAUCCAGGUCUAAUAGACGAACUGAAACUAGACGUCGGCCGACUGGGCAAGAGGAACUUGGGGCGAGACGACAGGGUCAUGGCUCAUUGGAGCAAAGAGGUGAGGUUUCCAUAUCUGGACGAGAGCCUUGUCAAGUGGGCGAUUGAGCUGCCUGCGUGGGAGAAGUGCGACUUUGACAACCAGGGGACUGGAUGUGAUUUGGAGCCCGAGAAGAGGGUGCUGCGCCUCUUGGCUGACAGCCUGGGUAUGCACUCUGUGGCGACGGAGAAGAAACGAGCGAUUCAAUUUGGAGCGCGAACUGCCAAGAUGGAGAGCGGCAGGGUCAAGGGCACCACCCUUCUUCUUCCUUGA